GACUCUGGGGGCCAAGAUUAUUUCUCCGCUGACUAUGAGUAUGACUCUCUCUACCAAGAAUUGGACCUGGGCUCUCUUCAUGAAGAUCUUCAUUUCCAGUCCAUGCCAGGAGCCAUGACAGAGACCAUGACAGAGUCCCACCCAACUGCUGAACUAGAAGAUCUCACAGAGGCUGAACGAAAGGUUCAAUCCAAACUCACUAAAUUGGAGGGUGAAAUUAUAACCCUACACCAUGCUCUGGCAGCAAAAGAAAGACAUUGUAUAGAGCUCAAGAAAAAGCUGGGCCUCAUAGCCUUGCAGGAGCUGAGGCAGAAUCUGUCCAAAAGCUGGCACAACGUUCAAAUCUCCGAUGUCUACAUGAAACAAAAUACGUCAGCUGCCCUGUCCACCAUAGGCUCUGCCAUCUGCAGGAAGCUUGGAGACAUGAAGAAGUCAGCCACAUUCAGAUCCUUUGAAGGUUUGAUGGGGACAAUCAAGUCAAGAGUUGCAGGUGGCAGACAGCUUGGCAGUGACUGCCUUCCUUCUUCAGCUGGAAAUGGGGAUGAUUCUUUCCCAGCUUCAGGGAGGAAAGAUGAUCCACUCCUACUUUCCAGGAGUGGGAAUGAUCCAGUUUAG